GGCACAUUCAAGAAGAGCUUGCACUCCAGCGCAACGGUCAGUUAAGCACAGACGCACAGUCUCUCUCCUCGGGUCUCUUUCGAAACAUUUGGUGGAGCCAAACAAAAAAUAAGCAGCCAUGGAUGCCAUCAAGAAGAAGAUGCAGAUGCUCAAGCUCGACAAGGAGAAUGCCUUGGACAGAGCUGAGGGAGCCGAGGGAGACAAGAAGGCAGCAGAGGACAAGAGCAAACAGUUAGAGGAUGAAAUAAGUGAGUUGGAAAAGAAAUUACGGAUCACCGAAGAUGAACGUGAUAACGUGCUUGAUGAGUUCCAAGCCGCCGAGGAAAAGUUGCUGAACGCCGAGGAGGUGGCCACCAAGGCUGAGGCCGAUGUCGCUUCCCUUAACAGACGUAUCCAGCUAGUUGAGGAGGAGUUGGAUCGUGCUCAGGAGCGUCUGGCAACUGCCCUGACCAAGCUGGAGGAGGCUGAGAAGGCGGCUGAUGAGUCCGAGAGAGGCAUGAAGGUCAUUGAGAACAGGGCCUCCAAGGAUGAGGAGAAGAUGGAGCUGCAGGAUAUCCAGCUGAAGGAGGCCAAGCACAUCGCUGAGGAGGCUGACCGCAAAUACGAGGAGGUUGCCCGUAAACUGGUCAUCAUUGAGAGUGAUCUGGAACGUACAGAGGAGCGCGCUGAGCUUUCAGAAGGCAAAUGCUCUGAGCUUGAGGAAGAGUUGAAAACUGUCACCAACAACCUGAAGUCACUGGAGGCCCAGGCUGAGAAGUACUCACAGAAGGAGGACAAGUACGAGGAGGAGAUCAAGGUCCUCACUGACAAGCUGAAGGAGGCUGAGACUCGUGCUGAGUUCGCUGAGAGAUCAGUAGCCAAACUUGAGAAGACCAUCGACGACUUGGAAGAUGAGUUGUAUGCCCAGAAACUGAAGUACAAGGCCAUCAGCGAGGAGCUGGACAACGCCCUCAACGACAUGACUUCCAUAUAAAUUGUUUACACCUCAUCAAAGACGCCUCCCGCCAGCUGAGCAGCAUCGCUCUGCUCUUUCCCGGCCUUUCUUCCAUUUCCCAACCCUUCUCGCCAUGCUUUCCUUUACUCCCCAUGUUCUCAUCAUGUCAGUGUUGUAUCCCAUCUCUUGUAUAGAACCUCUGAAUCUUUCUGUGUUGUAUACAAAUAAACCUUCUUCCUUCUAUGUAAGCUUUAUCUCCUUAUUCUAUCCUUUUCUGUUCCUUCUGAAUUUUAUUUUCAUUUCUAUUUAUUUUCAAGCGGCUCUAAUAAUAAAACGAAGGAGCCCUGA